UUUGUCUUUUCUUGAUAGACUCUGUUUAAUGUUUGAAAAAGAGUAUCUUUACAAACUUUUUGUGUUUGGCUUGCAAGAAUGUUAUGGAACCAAAAAUGUCUUCUCCUAUUUCAUGUAAAGUGCAUCCUGCAGAAGUUGUAGAAUUUGUGAAAACUUGUGGUGUGCAAUAUCUUAGUUAGCCAUACUUCUUUUAUCUCUAAGUUUUGAAAAUCCCAUUAAAUGCUCAGUGAAAAAAAGAAAAAGAAAAAUUGUUAAUAUUUUCUGUAAGGCAUAGCAAAGUAUCUUGAAUAAGUUAUUCUUUCGUAUAUAGCUAUAAACAAAGCUUCAAUGACGAUCUUAUGAAUUACAUGAGUAAUCAUGCAGAUGGUUUGACUGGGAUUCAACUACGAGCAUAGAUGAGCAUUCUUUGAGCCUGAAAUCAUCUGAGAAAGUUCUUGAGAAAUUGGAAGAUGUUGGCCAGCAAUUAGCACUGACAUUUAACAAUGAGGGUACUUUACUUGCUGUUGGGGGUGAGGAUGGCAAGUUGAGGGUUUUUAAGUGGCCUGAGAUGGAGAUUACUCUUGAUGAGGCUAAUGCUCAUGCUUCUGUAAAGGAUUUAGAUUUCAGCCCUGAUGGGAAUUUUCUUGCCUCUGUGGGAAGUGGCCCUGGAAGAAUUUGGAAAGUCGCAACAGAAACAUCUAUAGCUUCUCUACCAAAGGAAAAUGAUGAGAUUUUUGGCUUUUGUAGGUUCUCGCGAUCUGGUGACUCCAAUCCAGUUCUGUAUGUUACUGCAAUGCGAAGUAAAGGUGGUAGUAUUGUUAAAUGGGAAACUACUUCAUGGAAGAGGAUAAGUUCAACUCACAUUGUCAGGGACCCAAUUUCUGCAUUUAAUGUGUCAUCUGAUGGAAAGCUCCUUGUAGUAGGAACAAUACAAGGAGACAUUUGGAUCAUAAAUUCUGCAAGUAUGCGGGUGCAAAGUGUAGUCAGAAAAGCACAUCUUGGCCUUGUAACAGCGUUAGCAUUCUCACAAGAUUCAAGGGCUUUGGUAUCGGCAUCCCUAGAUUCAAGUGCCCGGGUAACACCAAUCGAGGAUAAGAAGAAAGACGGAUUGAACUUGUGGUUCAUUCUUUUUGUCAUCUUAGUUGCGGCAGCUGUAUAUUAUGGUAAAAGCACAAGGGCUGUUUCGUGGGAGCCUUGAUUUUUGAAUCAAAUGGUUUGAGCUACUUGCUCCACGUUUCAAUUCUUACGAGCCCGUUUAAGGCUAUUAACACUGUUAGCAGAUUGGAUUAUUCAAUUACACCCAUGGUUCCGUAUUCGAAGAGUAUAUCUCUUUGUGAUGUACAGAUCCAUCCUGGUUGAUGGCUCCACAUGACUCUAAUUUGAUCUCCAAUAAUAUUAUUUGCUUCACUGUAUUUUCCGGUUCUUAUUAAUAAGAUAAAAUAUGUUACUGUU